AUGUCGGCAGUUUCUUUGCCUGGAAGCGCGAAUUCUCCGCAGUCUCUGCGAGAGGCCGGCCGUUCCCAGGAGAUGGCCGACACCCACCCUCAGAGCCUGUCAGCCCCGCGCCCCGUGCGCGAGGCAGGGUCCGGGUCGUCUCUGGGAGCCACGGCCGGCUCCGCCGCUCCGACUAUUAGCCGAGGGUCUCUGGCCCCUUCUUCGUCUGGCGCGUCUUCGGCCUCUUUCUCCACAGUCCUCGGCAGAGCCGUCAAGCCUGCGACGCCCACAGGCCUCGGGGCGCCUGCACGCACGGCGCCAGGCUCAGGGCUCGGCGGGUUGUCGCGAGGAGAGAGAUCGGUUUCUUCCUCCUCUUCCGCGUCGUCCUCCUCUUCCGCUUCUUCCGCAACGAUGGGCGGGGGCACCCGGGACGGUGUCGGCGCCGAGGCGGCGCGACUGGCAACUGGACAAGAACUUUCCGGAAGAGUGCAAGAUGAACGGAAGACCCGCGGGGAAGUCUGGGGAUCUGUGGCUCUGUCUUCGCGGGGUUCAGCCCCGUUUCGGAAUCUCCCGAAUGCCACAAGGGGUGUUGAGCGCCGCGAGGCUGCGGGGAGCGGGAGCGGCCCUGAGCACGGAGACCAGAAGUCUGCUGAGGCCGGAGUGGAUGCAGCGGAGCUCGAGCUGAUGCGCUACCUCAAAGAGGGCGGGAAAACAGCACGCGUUCUCUUCAUUUUCAUCAACCCAACAAGUGGAGGAAACAAAGCUGCCGCGUUCACAGAGGCAAGUCUGCAAACACGAAAACGAACCUCUUCAGGGGUUUGUCGCCUGACGAUGACCACUCCGGAGCCUUGUAACAUUUACAUUUUCGACAUUCGGGAAGGCAGUUCCGGGAAUAAGCCGGGGUUUCGCCUGCUGAAGGCGGCGACCGAAAUCGCCUUCCCUGCGCCCGCGCAACGCCCGGAGAACCCGCCGCAGGCGAGGGCCGGGGCCCCGCUGCAUGCGGGAGGAGACGGCGCGAUACCUGAGGAAGAGAGACAAGAAAGCGGAGAGCCAGACGGCGUCCCGACCCGCGACGAGCGAGAGAAAGAGAGGGAGGAAGUUCCGGAAGACCGCGUCAUCAGGGUCCUUGUGGCUGGAGGCGAUGGAACGGUCAUGUGGUGCGCGGCUGAGGCUCACGCGCACCAUGUCAACCCGAUGAAAAUCGCGUUCGGCGUCAUUCCGUAUGGAACAGGCAACGAUUUUGCGAACGCCUUCGGAUGGAAAGAACGGAGAGGCCUCCGCCCGUUCGAUGUGGCCAUGAAAACUGGAAUCAAGCUCGCGUUGUCCAUCACGAUUUAUGGAGCGUCUCUGUCGCUCUCAAGGCAAGUUCUUGAAGACAGCGCAGGCAGACGCGUGGAGCAAAUGUCCUUCGUGAUGAGCAACUACUUCAGCAUGGGCGUCGAGAGCCGCAUCGGUCGCGGUUUCGAUCGACACCGAAGGCAGUCGCAGCUGCUGAACAAAAUGACCUACGGCAUGGAAGGAGUGAAGAAGGCGUGGUUCAAACGGACGCUGCCGAUCGACCGCAUCGUCGACGGCUUGGUCGAGAUGCAAGGCGAGGCAGGCGAGCGCGUGGUUUUCCGAACCAAGGACAGCAGCCUGACGCAGGGACCGAUCCUCAAGAAGUCGGUUUCUCUGGUGGCGCUGAACAUUCCGAGCUUCAGUGCGGGAAACGACAUCUGGGGUGCCUCCCACAGUAUCGGAAUUCUCGCCAAGUCGUCGACGCUCAAGCGCGAGAUCAAAGAAAUCAUCGAGGAGAAGCAGCGGACAGGAGACGGCGAGCUGGAGUUCCUGUCUUUCCCCUCAGUCACAUCGCUCGGCGUUGAGUUUGCUUGUCACGGUCGAGCGCGAAGAAUCAAUCAAGGCCGCGGCCCCUGGAAGAUUCUCUUCAAGGAGUUGCCUUCGGCUGACAAAGUCUACUUCCAGGUUGACGGCGAGUUUUUCCAGAUGACUCGUCCCGACCACGUGACGAUCGAGCAUAACCGCACAGUCCAAGUUCUGGCGGCACCGUGGGAUAAGCACCUGCAUGCGUGA